GGAGGUGGAGGGCGUUGUGUGUGGUGGUGGUGGUGAUGAUGGGGCGGACUCUGGCUCGUGAUGGGGGGAGUCGUCGUCCUCUAUAAAACUCCCCACUCGACAUUUGUCUGCAGUCCCAGUGGAGGAGUUAACAAGGUGUAGUAGCCACCUCAACAACAACAACGCUCGUCUUCUUAUAACAAUCUACCGUUCGCGAUUUUCGCAAGCGCGCUUCGUUUCGUCAAUCCGUUGAUUUCUUUGCCGUCGUCCGACUUGCGUUUACCAGGUACAACAACACACAUGGCGUGGAAUUCGCGCAGCUGGUACGGCAGGCAGAGCGACGACUGGCGGUGAGCCUCCAUGCCCCCUUCCUCGUCUCUGCGGACAUCGCUUCGGGCAGUCUUCUUCAUUGCAAGUGGGUACCACGACUUCUAUGAUUCUGGAUCUGGAUCGAGAUACGAACACACGCAGCGUUCGGAUGGCGUGUCCGUUUAUACGGACGGUUGCUGCACAAGGAACGGCCAGCCAGGGGCCUCUGGAGGAGUAGGCGUGUAUUGGGGCGACGGCAACCCAAUGAACGUAAGUGAAAAACUUGGAGGACGCCCGACCAACCAAAGGGCAGAAAUAGAAGCUGCUUCUCGCGCUCUGGAGCAAGCUCGGGAAAUGAACCUGGACAAGCUGACUAUCCACACGGACAGCAAAUUCACUAUCGAUGGGGCCACCAAGUGGGUGAAUACCUGGAAGCAAAAUGGAUGGAAGACGGUCACAGGAGAACCGGUGAAAAACAAAGCUGAAUUUCAGAAACUGGAUCGACUGAGCCAGGGAAUCGAUGUCACUUGGAAGCACGUUCCGGGUCACAGUGGCCACAAAGGUAAUGAGGCUGCGGAUAGGCUGGCCCGGGAAGGAUCCAGAAGGAAGUGACUUCAUGUGCAGAUGGGCCAUUGCAGCAACGAGUGGUGUUCAUUUGUCUUGUCCCUUGGUCUAGUGGUAUAUACCAUCGUGUGCUGAGGUGCUCUUUGAUGUUUAAAUAGUGGCUGCAGUCCAUACGCAAAACAAUUAUUGUAAAAAAAUAUAGCUUGAGAGAAUAGCUCUUUUUUUCGGUUGUUUGGUAUGUUCGAUAGUAUGCUAGUUCCUGAUGAAGCCCUUAGUACUUGGAACGAAACGUCGGGCAACACCAAAUGCGGCGCAACUAGACACUUAUAAUAUUUUGAAGCUUUAAAUUGUAAUUGAAAACUUUGCUUGUAAGUGGAUUUUAUUUGGAAUAUGCAUAUAUGAAGGUAUGUACGAGCUGCUUUGGUUUUCGUGGGCUCUUACAUUUAUAAGUGGGGAAAAUGGGUAAAAUCGGAAUUUUUGAAAUGUAUGUGGAAUUGUAACUAAACUGAAAUUUAUAGCUCAUGUUGGUCAUUAUAAAUGUUAUGUUUGGUGGCCUGAUGGUCAAACAAAAUGGUUUAAUUUACGAUAAAAAAUGUUUACAACUGCAAAUUGAAAAAUGCACUUUCAAAACUAAAUUAUGGAAUAGUGCAAAGCAACCCUCAACAUGUUAGCUGGUCUCCAUUCACCAGGAAGUCCAGUUUUUAGUACUGUUCAUUGACUACUGUAUCAUUGGAUUGUUUGUGCCAAAAAUUUGCUUCUAGUUUAGGUAUUUUUUUUACUGUUUUUAUGUUUUCAUAUAUCCAACGGAAAUUGCAUUGCAACCUGUCAGAAAAGUUUGACUUUCUGCUCAUAUGAGCAUUGAAGCAAGUACUCGUAUGUUUAAAGCCCUGAGCCAAUGCUGAAAAUGCCACCAAGUUCUGAAUGGAAAGGGUGAGUAUUCAUAAGACAACCACUGUUGACUUCCCAAAAAAGUGGUACUUAUUUUAUUGGACCCAGGGGGAUAAUGGGUCAAGUUAAUCCCCAACCAACUAGGAUUUGAACGCUCGUUCUUAAGAUUGUGAGCCACUGCCUCUUGCCACUGAUCCAUCUGGCCAAUUACGAGCUAUAAAUGGGCUAAAUGUUUUAAUGGAAAUAACAGGGUUUUAAGAAAAUGGAUGUACCUCAUAAACUACACCCAGGAGUUAUCCCGAUUCAUUGAAGACACUUAUGAGACAAUUAUUUUAUGAGUCGAUGCGAUUUUGUUCUUAAAUCACUUGUGUACUUUGCACGUUUUGGUUUGAAAUUGCUCAUCUUGAAUGUUUGCUGUUGGAGUUGCACAUUUUGGUUUGGAAUUGCUCAUUUUGAAUAUUUGCUGUUGGAGUUGCACGUUUUGGUUGGGAAUUGCUCAUUUUUAAUGUUUGCUGUUGCAGUUAAUGCAUGGCCUCGGUAAACCACUGCCUCUGCUUAUAUAAUAAUUCUGUGAUAACAUGUUUAUGCAUAAAGUUAUUUCCAUUUAUGUCCAAAUGCAUGUAAAGAUGCAGGCACACUGGUAAUAUUCAACAUGCUCUGGGUUUCAAUUUGCAAAGGAAAAUAAUUUGACCUUUUUAAAAACAAGAUUGCUCUUUUGAAAUAAGUUAAAGUAAUGUACAAUUUUCUAGAAUUUGUCUCUAUAAUUGCCAUUAUCGGUGUCAUGUACUGUGAUCAAUGCGCAGCUUUUACAGUGUUCCACAUUAUCACUAAUUUGGCUAUAAUCCGAGUUUAUUUAAAUGAAUAACACUUAGUUCAGAAAAAAUAUACAUUUCAGAAACCCAAUCAUGAUCAUACUUGCUUGCUUUUGUUAAAAUGUGCAGUGCAUGAGCAACUUGCCUUUAAUGCUUUUGCUUCUACCAAUGUUUUAUUAGAUUUUAGAUGCAUGCUGCGAUUUUACAUGGCCAUGUUAAUGUUAAGGCCAGUUGUUACAAAACACAUUUUAUGUUUAUGCAUCGGCAGGAAUACAUUGUUGACCUUUCAUAACCAACUGGGGGGGGGGGGUAACUCAAUUUUAUGGUAAGAGUGGAACCUCUUUGUUGAUUCAAAUAAAUGUUGUUGCAUGUAAA